GUGUGUCGCGCUGCCUCGCCUUGUAUACCCGUGUCGCGCUGACGUAAGGCGUCAUGUGAGCCGCCGCCCCGCCUCUAUUUCCGUUGCCGCACAGGGUAAAGGUCACUACAGGGCCUCGGCCAUCACCUCGACACCUGCAGAGGGGGGCGAGUGAGUGCCAGUACCUGUGGGAGUGCCCCGUGCCUGGCUGUGAGGGAAGGACAGUGCUCGGGAGUUUGUCUCUUUGCAACGGGUCUGUUUUCCGUCACUGCCUCCAGUAAUUUGACAUUUCCGCUGCUCGCUGUGUGCGUCGCUUGGCACACACCCGGGCUGGCGGAGUGUGGAGGAACUCUUCCUGGCCACCCGUGGGCCUCGGGGCGUGCUGUGUCGGCCUGCCUGGUGUCCGGUGCGGGGUGAGUCAGGCCCAGCACGCAGCCAGGCCUUGGCGAGGACAGGCCGUACAGGGGAGGAAAGAGACACCACUGUACUGUACAUAGUUUGGUUUAUCUGAUUAUUAGGUUCCUCCACAUCAACCAAAAUUAAUAGAAAAUGGAAGUUUCAGUAUAUUGAGGUUCUCCAAGGGCUGCUGCUGCUGCUUAUUGUGGCGUACAGCAGCAGUCCAAGGAGUAGCAGCCUGUACUCACCACUGAAACCACGGAUAAAGUAAUGCUUAUUUUUUAUUACCUUUGAAAGAAAAAUGAGACUUAUGAGCAAAUUGAUGAAGUGAAGCCCAACAUUCAGUCCUUAUUCAAAGUUAUGGAGGCUUCCAACUCCCAGAAAGACUCAAGUGCAAGUAAAUGUGUGGUGGAAGAUGCAGGAUCUGUGCAGUUUAGUGAUAGUGGUACAGACAAAUCUCAUAGUGUAAGUGAAAAUAUAAAGAUUAUAAGUUCAUGUGGAGGAUGCAGUGCGAACGAUAUUCCAAUGUCCCGGGAAAGCCCAGAUGGCAGUUCAGACAGUUGUGAGUGGCCAACCACAAGCCCUACAGACCAUUCAUCAAUUGUUAGAACAGAUGGGUCCUCCCAAUCUAAAAUUCAAGAUAAGGAUAGAGGCAAUAUUACUGGAGCAAGACCAAAAGAAAUUUAUAUGGUUCAGAAGCUGAAAAAUGAGUCAUCUGAUUUAAGUGAUGACAACAGUUUACCAUAUAAAUGUACAUCUCCUAGCUUGUUAGAGGUGAAUUAUGAAAGGGAAGGUGAUGACAGUAAUAGCCACUGUUCUCCCUUGAGCAGUCACAGAAUACAGAGUGCAACAUGCCUCCCCAGUGAUGGCAGGCUUAUGCCCACUGUUACCGAUAGUGACCAGGACAGUGAACAUGCAGUUGAAGAAACUCACCCACAGGCCCGGAGGAGAAGACGACUACGUUCACUGGAGCAGCCAGUACAACUGUCCCAUAAGGCAUUACUUAGAGGUGUUUUAAAGCAGAACUCUACCCACCACAUAAGAAGAGAAAAUUGCAAAUGCGACUCUAACAAGCAUUGUAAAUCUUGUGUGAGAACUAAGUAUUACAGUCACAAAUCAGAGGCAAGUGAAAUUGGAGAUACGUCACAGGAGUUUGCCACAGAUCCUGCUGCAGUGCCUUGCAGUAGCUCCAAGAAACAUGAUGGCCACCUACAUGUAUCAGCACCUGUGCCUGUCACCCCUUCUGAUGAAGGUGCAGGUGGCAUAGCUUGUAGUGCACCAAUUAGCAGUAUUAAGCAACACUCAGCACCUGGCAAGCACACAAAGAAAAAAUCUCAUAGUCGUUCAAGAUCUGAUGGGGCCCAAGAAAUAGUGAGCAAACUGCAGUUCACUCAUUCAAGUACAGAUCCAAACCUUGAGAAUGCCAGAAGCUUCCCAAGACUGGAUGUGACUAAAGAACAAGGUGGCAGGAACAUAACUAUUCCAGAGAGAAAGCGGUUCAUGGAAGACGGUGGCCACAGCAUAACACCUGCUGCGGACAAUGGCUUCUUCCCACGUCCUCAGCCCGGCCAGAGUCUGAUUGAGUUUCUCUCUUCAAAGGAGUUCCAUAAGCAAAAUGCUGCUCUGGACAAGGAAAAUGCACACUUCAAUAUUUCUGAGGCAGUAAUUGCUGCCUUAACUCAGAUGCAGUUUGAUGCAUGGCAUCAAAAAUUUUGCUCAAAUUCCGGGGCAACAGAAGAUAGUGAUGAGGAAAUACGCAACCUUCAAGCUCAAAUUGAUGAGAAAAGAAGACAAAAAUUGUCCGGUGCUGUUGUGCCAACACCGCUUGCUGCAGAAGCUUCACUAACAGCAGAUGAAGCCACUACUGCCUGGGUUUGUGCCUCUCCUCCUAACCCAGAAAGUACAACUGAUUACAGUGUGAAUGAGUCCCCACCAAGCUCAUGUUACAACAAUGAAUCAGAUUUUGACUCAGAUGAAGACUGGGAAGACACCCUGAGUGAGUUGUCUGGAUCAUCCAUGAAGAGUGCAGAAAUGUCUUUCAAGAGUGAUCUUACAGCAGCAGAAAAUGUUGCCAUAAAUUUACUGAAAAAUUUCAAUGAGCAAAGACUUCCCAAAGCCUCUGAGUUGGAAUGGCUUGUUUCAGAGGAAGAAGCUCCCCAAAAGCUGCUGCCGCUGCCAACCAGCAUUGCAGUCGGUCCUGAGGAUGGAAGUGGAGCAGCAGCAACAGCGAACAUCCUGCCUCAGCCACAGCUGCGGGGCACAUCGGAUUGGGCUCCACCUCGACCACAACUUGUUCUCACACUUUUAGCCCCCACAAAGAGGUCUGCAAUGAUGAAGAAUCAGGGUUGGCGGUGUGCUGGCUGUGGCAUGAAGGUAUCGGAGCAGCUCAGCAGACACUUUAGGUUCUGCAACUAUCUUGGCCGCUAUUUUUGCACCACAUGCCACAGCAACCAAACCUCAAUCAUUCCUGCCAGGGUAAUACACAAAUGGGAUUUCAAAGUGUAUCCAGUUUCAAACUUCUCCUUGGAGUUGAUUGAAAGCAUGAAAUGCGAUCCACUGUUCAAUGUGAGUUCUCUAAACUACGGCUUAUACAAGAAGUGUCGGCAUCUUCAGCAGACUCAUAUAUAUCGCUUGCAGCUCUACCAUGCACAGCCAUACAUCACCACCUGUAGCAGAGCACAUAAUGAGAUGAAGAUGGUGGAAAGCAGACCUCAACACUGGGCAAGUGAUCCUCAUGCUUACUCUCUGGAAGAUCUGAUCUUAGCAAAGAAUGGUUCUUUAGUGGGCGAAGUGAAGAAACUAACCAAACUUUGCAUCAAUCAUAUUGCAAAAUGCCAGGUCUGUGCUGGACGUGGAUUUAUAUGUGAAAUUUGUGGUGAAGGGGAUCCCAUAUUCCCCUUUCAAUUGGAUUCUACUGCCUUAUGUGCUACAUGUAGUGCCUGCUACCACGUUGGCUGUUUCUGUCCCCUUCGCUGUCCUCGGUGUAUCCGGCGUGAAACGAGGCACUUGUCUGAGGAAGGAUCUUAAGAAUUAGAAAUUGUGCAUGUAAUCAUUCAAGUUAGAAGUAACCAAUGCAGCUUUGUGGGCCAGAAAUAGAACUAUUUCCAGAUGUAGAGGUAUUGUCAAUUUUUUUUAAUACAGUUUAUGCUCAGCUCCCUCCAGGAACUUACUGAGCAAGCUACCAUGACAAAGAGCCUACAGUGCUCUAUGCUCAUACACAUCCUAUGUAAAAAAUUAAUAUAUCCUCUCCCUCCUCUUGUCUAAUGGUUGUGUAUCAGCCAUCUCUUCCCUUUUUGAUUCUCAUGCAACUUUUUCACAUCUGCAUUCUCAAAAUAUUACACAUCACCUAUUGCACCACUACAUACAGGUGUUUGGAGGCUUACUGGAUGAUACAGUACAAUCUGAGGCAAGGGCCUUGAGAUCUUUCAAAAUCUUUUCAUGCAGAACAACAGCAGGUCCCAUCAUUAAGUAUUACAUUGGACUGGCGUGCCCUGCAGUUUAAUGAACUCACUCGGCACGAAUAUGUGGCACUGUUGAUACCUGUAGCCUACAGGGCAAAGAUUUGGAUCUUCAAAUUGCUUGUGCUCCGUGUGUUACCCUAUGGAUGUGAGAAAUGGACACAAAAUAGUAACUUGAAGAAGAAAACUGUUAUGUUUAGGUCAAAUCAGCAAUUACUUCAUGAGACAAUCCAGGCCUUUUACCUGCAGAGUCCAUGCCAACUCUACCUAUAUAGGCAUGUGACACUACCCACAAGAUCCUACUCACAAGGUUGUUUCUGUAAGAGACUACCUUGAGUGGAGGAGGCUACUACACAUGUCAUUUGCUCUGUGGCAAACUUUGAUAGCAUGCUUUAUCAUAGGCCACACCAUGAUAGGUUAUGAAUACUGCAUGUCAAAUCUGAAGUAGAUGUUGAUCACUCCAUUUAGGACUAGAUUUGUGGAACUAUGAUCUGCCAGUCUUCAAGUGGAGCCAAAACAUGAAAUGGGUUUACUUGUAAUAUACACAAUGUCAGAAUCAGCAUCAAGUACCAUUUGCUAUAUAAAAAAUUUGCAUUGCCAUGGCUCCCAAUGAUGAAGAGCGAUGAUUUUAUGCAUCAGUUAGCAAUGCUUAUAUCAUUAUGUUCUGCAGUGCGCAGAGUUAGCAAAAAGCAUUACAUGUGUCCAUUCACCACGUAGUGGACCAGACUUAGAACUGUUACUCUGAGAUUUGAACUUUAAUGGUGAGGAAGCAGCAGCUUUUGUGGAUCACUAGAAGUGAUUGCACAGAUAUGCUUAUAACCAACUUACACCAAAGCACUUGAUUUUAAUUUAAUUUGCCACAUUUAAGACCAAAAGGGUAUAUAUAUAUUGUGUCCUAUGGAUGACUGUACAUUUACAAUUUAUAGUUAUUUAGAUCAUAACUACAACACAUAUGACCCGUCUGCCAUUUUUUUAUUUUUGAGAAAAUCACGUUUAAAGAAAAGUUUUCAAAAUUGUCUUUGUUAAUGAGAAGCUUGAAACAGAAUUCAUUUGACUACAUAAAGAAAAUUACCAUGAUAGCAAGAAUCAGCCUUCCUUUCUACAAUUAGCUCGAAUUAGGGGUUUUGAGCCGAGCCCCAAACGGGGUCCACCGUUUCAGCAGACUGACUUGCAGGAGCCCCAAGCGGGGUCCGCCGAAGCAGCCGGGUUAAGAGUGGACGUAGUGGUGCUCUCUGAGAUGAGAAGACUUAGCAAUGAAGAGAACAGAAGUGGAGAUUAUACCUAAUACUGGUCAGGUCAGAACAAUAGUGCCUGUCCCAAGGGAGUAACUCUAGCAAUUUCUAGGCAACUACAGUCCUCUGUUAUUGGGGUUACUUUGGUUGAGUGUUUGAUGCUGGGUUGAAGCACACUUUGGACUUACAUCACUUAUUGCAGUGUGUGCCCCUACCAAGAUGUCGCAACCAAAGGCGAAAAAGAUGUUCUUACGCCAAGCUCAACUCAGGUCGACCAGUGCCCCCUAUGUGACACAUCCAUUGUGUCUUGGGCGACUUCAGUGCAGCAACUGGCACAGAGAGUUGGCUAUGGGUUAUGUGUCAGUCCCCAUGGCUCUGACACCAGAAAUGUAAACAGUUCUGAAUUUGCAAAGCCCAGGAGGCUGAAAAUUGCUUUCUCCAAAAAUGCAAGUCUCACCACUUUACUUGGUAUACCAGUGCUGAUGGUAUGGAAAAUGCAAUUGAUCAUACAGUAAACCCCGCUUAAGUCGGACCCAAAUGACCCGGAUAAGUUGGACACUCAGAUUUUUUUUUUUUUUUUUUUUUUUUUGCACCAGUAGGCAUUUUUUGCCCUUUGAUUGAGUAAUUUUAAACCCUACAGCUUAUAUACUGGCUAAAAUACCCCUGAUAGCUCUUACAUCGUCCGAGUUAUUUGAGGAGUUGUCUGAGCUGUUUGAGACGUGAAACAGGCGUGUGUGCCGGGGCACUGCUGACGCUAAGAUCAGUGUUUACACAGCUGACUUAGCAAGCGCAUGGCAGUGUCUCCCUCAGCUUUCGCUCGCUCUGUAGCCCCUAUUGUUGCCUUUGUAAUUCUACCAUGGCUUCUAAGGGCAAGGCUGUGUCUUCCACGUCAGUUAGGAAGCUGAAGAUGCUGUCGGUGGCAGACAAAAUGGCUGUUAUACAGGACCAUGAGAGAGGUGUGUGUGCACGACGCACGCAUGUGUGUGCACACGCCAUGUAUGUAGUACCUAUUUACGUAAUGCAUUACACAGACCAUUUCAACUGUUGGUGGUAAUAGGCAUGCAAAAUGUGGGAAAAAAAUCCCUUGGGAUAACUCGGAUUGGCCUUCCCCCCAAUUGGUCUGACUUAUGCGGGGUAUACUGUAUCUUCAUUUGUACUCCUUGGAGGAUCCUCCAGAACUGUAAGGUUAUAUGGCUGUGAAACAUGGACACUGAAGUAAGCUGGAGAGGCAUGUUGAUACCUUGGGUACCAAGUGCCUUCACAGGAUCAUGGGGUAUUGCUGGAAUGACUUAGUGCAACUGAAUCUGUUAUUAGCUUAGUCCAUGAAUGUCAGUUCUGGCUAUAUGGGCACAUGGCAUGCUUCCCAGACAUUGAUCUUGCUUAUGGGGUUGUUUCUGUACAAAACCACUGUGAGUGGAGACCAAGGGGAUGCCCACCUAACUCAUGGGUGGGGCAAUUUGAUCAUUCCCUUGAGAUGCUUAAAAUGGAAAGGGUAACUGCGUGGAGGCAGCAAGUGAAUGAAGUGACAUGCCCCCUGGCGUAUGCUCCCCAAUAGUUAAUUUGUGAUCAAUGAAUACCUCUGAGCAAGGAAGCUCAAGCCAUAUAGCUCUGCUAGGUUUACAAGAGAGUGGACUGAACUCUCAACAUCUAGGUUGCCAGGCAAACCCAAAAUUCACUGAACCACUCAACCCCUGAUCAAGUCCAGUAUUAUGUGUCCCCUUAUACAGUAGCUUCAUUAUCUCACAAAUUUAUACCAGGGUGGACGUUAUUAUAAGUCAGUGGGGAAAAUAAAUGACUGGUUCCAAUUUCCUGGCCUCAAAUCAAAUUUGGGGAAUAAGUACACACCGGGUUCCUCUUAUACACAUAUUUGGCAUAUGUGAAUAGUACAAACAAUUAAUUUCUUUCUACCAAGUUCUCUGUGUGAGAAUAGAAACUCACUCCUAUGUGAAUGGUGCAGCCGGUGCUAUUUUAAUAUGGUGCAUGCUUGCUCACAUGACUCCAGAAAUAAGAAUAAUUUGUCAAGCACCUUGCUCAUUUGCUAGGCAUAUGUAUUAUUUAUUGAAAAUUACAAAAUGUUAAUUACACUCAUUUUCAAGUUAUUUGCUACACAUUAUAAAAUUCUACUUAAUAGUUUAUUUUAAUAUAAUUUCUCAUUACACCUUUGCUCUUCACAUAAAUCAUGUAUGGGACCAUCAGCAGUUAGCAUUUUCUCGAAAAUACUCACUGAGCAGCAUAUAUACUUCCAACACUGGAGGUUUAUAAUAACAGCAUGACAUGUCUGCAAAAGCUACAGUAAUAGGUUUCCAUUCCACAUGCUAUGCAUUUAUGCCAUGUGUGAGUAAAUAAUUAUCUGUAACCUUGUGAAUAAUGUAUGCAAACAUAGCAUUCAGCAGCUACAAUGUAGUCAUGAAUAAUGUAUGCAAAAAUAGCAUUCAGCAGCUACAAUGUAUUCAACAAAAGUGCUAUUGCCUCACCUGUUGUCAUUAACCCUAAGGAUCACAAGCUCAUGGACUGAACACCAGACCCUUCCACAUUUACUGCUUGAUGUUAAUAAGCACUACAUUUGUGUCUGAUGUGUCAGUCCACCACUCACUGAACAGCCUUUAGGACUAUAGCUGCAGCGCUGGAGUCUAAGAUGUGCAUUAUCAUGCUCUGACAGCCUUCUGUCACACCGUGUCCAAUAUCGUGGAUAAUAUACGAUAGCCUAAGAAUAGGAAAUGGUUGUCAAUAUCAAUAUGCUACAGCAGUGACAAAUGCUGUCAUUUAUAGUUGAUUUUGAGUUGUAAAUUAUUAUUAAUGCAGUGGUUCGGUUAUACUUUUCUCGACAGAGACAGCACCAGGGCUAUUUAUUAACUAGAAUCAGUGACCUUAUAAAUUAACAGCUGUCUGCAGCAUUAAAAUUUGAAACAAAAUCAACUACAAUUUGUAGUAUUCAUCAUUGCUACCUGCAUACUAUUGAUGAUGACAACUGUUUCUUAUGCGUAAUCAAAUAUUCUCCAUGAAAUCAUACACACUGUGUGAUAGAAUAUUGCCGGAGCAUGAUAAGGCACGACUGGCACUGCAACUAUUGGCAGGUGAGGCGAGUGCUUUUGUUUUGACCUAAAUUCAUUCCCUCCUAAGCAUUGCAAAUUUGGAUUUGAUCCACAAUAGUUAUCUUUGGUCUUAAACUUUAAGUUGAUAACAAUUCUCUUCUUUAAUGAUUUAUAUAAUAAAAUUUACAACAGGGAAUUAACAAAUAACAACACUAAAGUUCAACAAUAAAAACAUAACCCCUUCAUAUCUAUCACAAAACUACUGGCCUACAGAUUAUUUAUUCUUUGCAAGCAUAUGUGCAUCACCUGUAAAAAAUAAUAUAAAUGUACAGAAUAAUGAAAAAAAAUUCAAUAAGAGUAA